ACAUGAAGCCGGAGGCACGUGUCGCCUGCCAGGUGAUGCUGGCAGCACUCUUCAUGGCUCUGCUUGUCACAGCCAUCACUUUUGCAGUGCAGGCUUUUCAGCCUCAUCCCCAGCCCUACUUUCAGUGCCCCUUCGACUGGAUCAGAUAUAGAGGAAAAUGCUACUAUUUUUCGGAGGCUGCAGGGAACUGGACAUCCAGCCAGGACAACUGCUCAGCACUUGGUGCUUCCUUGGCCAUCCUGGACAGCAUGGAAGACUUGAGCUUUGUGAUGAGAUAUAAAGGCAUUUCAGAGCAUUGGAUUGGCCUUUUGCGGAAAGAUGAGGAACAGCCAUGGCAAUGGGUGAACCAGUCACUUUUAUCACACUUGUUUCAAAUCCAUGGUGGUGGGCUCUGCGCUUACCUGGAUGACAAUGGGCUCAGCUCCUCCUACUGCAGCACUGAGAGGAGCUGGAUUUGUAAUAAACCUGAGCUGCAGAGCUCAGGCAAGGGCAGUGGGAUGAGACGGGCUAAAAACCUCUGUGUCAGCUCCUUGGGUGCUGAAGGGAGGGCUUCUCACACUCAGAUACCUGCUGCACCAAACCUCAAAAAGGCUUUGAAUCCCCUGCAUGAGGGGUUCUUGAGGGUACCAGGGGACCAACAAGGUGUUGAUGGGAAAGGGCAACCUUUGGAGACCCAUGUAGGGCAGUCCUAG